UGCUAAAAUGAAAUAAGAAGAUUAGAGAAGAAAAGCGCCGCUCCGCAGUGUGCGCCUGCUGAUUGCCUCCCGCUGGAUCUUCUGCGGCUGGCGGGGGGCGCGGAGACCCAGCCCGGUGGCAAUCAUGCAGCAGAGGCAGCGGUGCCAUGGAAAGGGUUAAAAUGGUCCAAGCAUCUUCCACUGUGGCUGGUGCUGCCUGCCACCCAGGCAUGAACCCAGCUGGGGCAAGAGGCAGGAUGGACCCCUUCCCAGCUGCCAGGGUGCCAGGCUCCCUGAUGCUCUGGCUCACAUUAAGUGUUCACUGGCUGCUCCUGCUGUCUCCCAGCCCGAGUCCCAAGUCUCCCAGCAAGUGGCCCCACAUCAGCCCUGUCUUGCCCAGCCCUGGGCCAAGGCAUGGUGGGGCAGUGGGGUCACAUGGGGCUGGGUGGGUGCCUACAGCCUCGCAGGGAAGGUGAGUGAGUUCUGCAUCCCUUCCCAAUGUGCUGCAUUCCUUCCCAGGAAAUCGAGGCACAGCUGUGUCCCAGCCUUGGGAGCUGGCUUUUAGGGGGAAAAAGGCUUGUACAUCCUCGGAAGUGAGUGACAACCUUCUGCAGGUCUUGCCAGGGGAAUUUGGGGGUCUCCAAAGGGCAGGUGAGUGCUCUUUUCUCCCCCACUCAAGUGGCAGGACAUUCUUAACCAUCUGAACCCAGACGUAGCAGUGGGCAGCUCCACACCCCUCCUGCACCCUCCCCCUCCUCACACCAGCCUCUACCAAGCAGAGAAGGAGGCCAGCAGGCCACGACCCCACGGGCAAGUGUGAGAGCCAGAGGGGAUGGAGGGGGAGCUGGGGCAGGGGUCGGGCACUGCUGAGCCACUCUCCAUCUCCUGCUGACAGCAGCACGCCCCUGAGCAUCUCCGCCAGCACCCUGGGACCCAGUCCCACACACACGAGCCUGUGUGUGGGCAGGAGGGCAGGGGGCACUGAAUUUCAGCAGCAGGAUGAUUAGUCUUCAUUUUCAGCUGUGCCCUUGGCCUCAGCUUGUCUUGCUGGGCCCUGCUGCCAGUGCUGGAGGAAGAGGAAGAAGAGGAAGAGGAGAAGGAGGCUACAGCAUGCUCCCCGCAGCACUUCUUGUGCUGAUCCUGCAGGAUGCCAAGCUGGGCACAGGCAGCAGCACAUGGGGCACAGGGCUCAGCCUCACACAUGAAGCCCCCCAUCCUCCCUGGCAGAACAAGUCCCACGUUUGCAGCUCCUCCCAGUAUGGCAGAGCACCCUCCCCAUGAAUCCCUACUGACAGUGAUCCCCACCUAGCCAGGGGACAGCUUGUACCCCAAGAGGGAUGCGGGAUCCCCCACCCACACUCUGCCACAGCAGCACCCCCAGGACUGCACCCAGCAUCCCACAUCCUGCAGCAGGGCGCAUCCCAUGCAACAGUGCAUCCUCUACCCACUGCCGUGCCCAGCACUAGCACCACAGCCUGCCCAGGCAGGCCAGCAUGCGUCCCGGCAGCCCUGCAGCCGACAGGGCAGAGGAAAGCCAAGCACCAGCCGCCUCUGAGGAAAUUUCCCUUCCCUGCAGCAAGGACCAGCAAGCAGGCUGGUGGCUGGCCCCAUGCUGUAACUGUGCAGCUACCUGUCUUCCCCACCCCCCCUUAUCUCUUGCAUCUGUUCCCAACCAAAGCAUCGUUUCAAUCCCUUCGGGAGAAGGUUGUUCUCCCCCUGCCACCAAAUGCUAUUGUUUUUCCGAGGCGUGGCAGCUCAGCAGCAGCAGCUCAGCACCUGCCUGCGCCAGCUCUGCUCAGACACGUGUGGGCAAGCGCCUCGAGCGAGCCCCUACUCAGCUCCCUCCUGCUGAAAGCAGAGCUGAUUUCAUCCCCACAGCAAAGCACUGGGCUGUAGGCGGGAAGAUGGGGCUGGCAACCCCCGAGGGAGAGGGCGACUGGGGAAUUGACUCCCUUUCUGAUGCCCAGUUUGGUGUUGGCAGCGCUCGGUGCCCCGGUUAAUGUCUGCAUGGGGCUGCUGGGUGGGUGAGACCCAUCACAAUGCCCAUGUACGUCCUCCAUCCCCCAGGUUUUGCUGCCAGCUCCAAUGUCCCUCUGGGCUGAGCUCAACCCUGCCCUGCAUCACCCUAGGUGGGUGCAGAUCCCCCCUUGCCCCCCACCCCAACCUGGAUGUGCCAGGGACAGCUGAGUCUGGCUUCCUCCCCUGCGGGACUCACCCAUACACAUUGCCAUGGGGCCUCUGCUGCUUCUGUGCAAUUAUUGAGAUUUAAUUGCCUGUAAACAGAUCCCCGGCAGCCCAGAGCUGCCAUGGGAAGUUGCUGGAGUCCAGAAAAGGGAAUGGGAAAAGGGAAUCGUAGCAACUGUUGCCACGGCUGGACUGGCCAUUCCCAAAACUUGACCACAGCAAGGAGGGGCUGGCCAUAUGGCCAUGUCCUCCUGCCCUCAGUGCCACCAUCACCACUCUCCCACAGUGCUGAGUGGCAUGGGGCUCAGCAUCCCACAGAGAGCCCCUGCACUGGGACGUGGCUGCAUUUGGGGUCCCAUGGAGAGGCUGCACUGACAGCAGGCUGCCAGGGCUGGGGGAGGUCCUUGCCCCCCCUCUCUGUGUGACCCCCAGGCUGGGCAUGCACACGUCUGCAUGGCACUAAUGAAGUCUGCAAAGGUCAGGGCUCAGGGUAUCAGCAGGCAGUUUCUGUAAAUGCUAUUUUCUAGCUCAGUGCCCUGUAACUCUUUCUGACAGUUGUGCUUAAAUAAAACAAACAGAACAUUUUAAUCACCCCCGCACACCGCCCCCAGGCACUGCUCCCUGCCCCUAGGACAGCUCGCUGCGCCCCUGUCCAUCGCAGCCCCACCCCGCGCCCUUCCCCCUGGCAGAGGACAGCAUGAACACCCAAGGGUGUCCAGCAGUGCACCUGGGGGCUGUCCCCAGGAUGGCACUACAGCAUGGAGACUAAUGUCACAGCAGGGCAGGAGUGGGACACACCUCUGUCCCAAGAGGACAUGGCAUCGGUGGUGCAAGGUGGGCUCGGUGCAGCAGCUGUGCCCUACUCACUGCUCAGCUAGCAAUGGGAGAGGUCCCAAGGCACCAAUAUGCACACGUGUGUGUGUUGACAUGUGCCCAUGUGUGUGCAGAUCCAUGCUUGCAAGUGCAGAUGUGUGAGUGCACAUGUAAGUGUGUAAUCCUGUGUCUGAGUACAUAGGGAUGCAUGCGCACAUAUGCAUAUAUAUAUAUAUAUUAUGCAUAUAUAUAUAUAUUUAUAUAUGUGCAUGUCUGCAUGUGUGUGCACACAUGUACCUGAGUGUAGGCAUGCCUGUGCAUGAGCAUCCAUGCAUGUAACUGUGCAUUCAUGUACAGAAAUGUCUGUGCCAAACAUCCACAGAUGGCUAUACGUGUGUAUAAGACUGCACAUGCAUGCAGGUGUGUUUGCACACACUGCAUCUACGUGUCAAAGUGCACACGUGUGUGUGUGUGUGCAUGCGUACCACCUCCUCACCCCAUGCAGUGGAAGCAGGUCUUGUCACUGCAAUCACAGGGAAGUUUUGCUUAAGCCCGGGUGAGGGAUGGGGCUGGGCGAGGGAGCAGUGGCAGCAGCGGCAGUUGGAGCGGCACGCAUCCGCACCAGAGAUAAGUUCCUGCCACAAAGUUUUCUUUCCCUGCUAAUUUUCUGAUUAGCUCCUGUCUGAUGCGUCGGCAGCAGCGCUCCACGGAGCUUAUUCAAAGGCGGCGUAAUCUUUCUAAGCAGUGAACAGGGGGCAGGGACGCCAUUCAGCUCCCAGCAGACAGAGCCGUGCGUCUGGAGGUAAUAACUCUUCAGGGACUUGCAGCCGAGCGCUGACAAGCCGCCGGGAGGGCUGUGGAAAUCCUUUCUGCGGAUGAGCCAAGAGGAUUCUCCUGCUAUCCCCUAAAGCCUGCGUGUCACCUAGUCCAAUAAAAGGCAUUAUCGGGAAGGUGGCAUUUUGUUCUGGCGUAUCUCAGGCCUCCAGCCCAGCCUUGGCUCUGCUGGCUUUGCAUGAGAAGGGGAGGCUUAGGGCACAGUGGGUGCUGCCUGCCAGGGAUGCUGCUGGGUGGGGGGCUGCAAAACACUUUCUGUGUCCCCCAGCAGAAGAGGGGUUGGGGAGCACAGCUGUGCCUGCUCUCCAUCCUGCGCCUUUGCUGGCCCACAGCCACCCAGCGCUGCACCUGCAGGCUGGGUAUCUCCUGCCCCAGGGACAGCAGCAGCAGUGCACUGGAUCUCAGCACACCCAUCCGCUUUCCUGUCUGCCUUAGAGGAGGUAUGAGGUGGAGGGCUGGGGAGUUUGGGGGGUUCAGAGCAGUUGGGGGGACCCAGCAUCUUUGGUGUGCAGAUGUCUCAGCCCCAUCCUGGUCCAUCCCUCAGCCAGAGGUGAUACUGGGUCACCCCAGGGGACCUUCCUAGCCGUGGGGGUGCUGGGCACCUGGUAACCACAGCCCCAUCUCCAGGGAGUGUGUCCCCAGGGCUGGGGAGGGCAUCCGGAAGGGGGUGCACCAAGGCUGUGCUGGGGGUAACAUGCACCUCAUGGUGCAGGAGGUCAUCCUGGGGUGGUCCUGGUUGUCCCAUGUCCUCUGGAUCCUGCCUGGUCCUGGACACCACAGGAGCUGCCAACCUGUGGCAUUACCUGCUGCAACCAGGCCCCCAGGGAUGGGGCAUGUGCUGGGCCAUGGUGAUCAGGUGGUGCCAAUGCCUGAGGGGACACACCAGCCCUAACCCCCGAGUUAGCAGGGGGCUUCCCUGCUGCUACCCACUGUGGCACAGCCCCAGGGUAGAGGGGGAUCGUCCACGUGCAGAGUGGGCAGCAUGGGGGGGACACACGACCCAUCCUGAUGUGAUCGGCUAAUUUACCGUGCUGCUUGUGCCCUGCACUAGCCAAUAACUAUGAAAUGAUGUGGAGAUUUGCAGCCAAACCCUCUCAUAAAGAGAUUUAGGAGGGUGACGAAGAUAAUUAAACAUCCUUCCCCAAGUAUUGACUUGCAGUUGAAAGGGGGAAAAAUAACUACAUUUUUCACAGUCCUUUUAAAUCAUCCUGGUGCCCAGCUGGGGCACUGUGCAAACAAGCCCUGGCCUGGUGGCUGUGGGGCUGCGAGCACCACAGCCCUCUCUGCCAGGCUGGGAAAAGCGUGGUGGAGCAGAGGAGGAGUCUGGGCAGCUGGGGGCUGGCGCAGGGUCCUGGGCUGGCAGCAGGCAGCACAGGCAGGGAAGGAUGCUCCAGAGCAAACAAGGCAAGGGUGACACAAGGGUGGCUGUCCCCUGAACAGUUAAGCUAAAAUGAGCAGUGUAGGGCAGUGGGAGAGCUGAGGAAGAAGAAACAUGCAGCCAGACUACAGGGACAGUGAUAGGAGCCAAGAGGGGGAACAGGAUGCAACAAAGAGGCUUAGGAGAGAGGAGUGGGGGGCUUAAGGACAGGUCCUUGAGGAGCAUCCAGGUACAUGCUAAAGCAGCUGCAGUUUGCAUACGUGGGUCUGCACACACAUAGAGCAUGCUUGCACACCACUCUGUGUGUGUCUGCACGUGUACGUGCAUGGGUGCAUGGGUGCUCAGUGCCUCUGGGCUGCCCUGGGCCGCCAGCUCGUGCACUGCUGAGCUGUGAGUGCAUGUCUUGCCAGCUGCAUGUACCGCCAUGUGUGCACUGCCACGUGUGGGCUGGUGAGUUGGGCACAUGUGGGCGGCUGACAUGCAUGUCCAGACAUGUCAUUGUUGUGUCGUCUGUGUUAGCGACAGCUUCUGUGCCACCAGUUGGAUGGAGGAGUCACAGGCACCUGCUGGAUGUCCAUGCAUGUAGCAGGAUCCCAUAAGCACGUCACUACUCCACAGCUGCAUCCACGCAUGCACUUGCCUUAUAUCACUGCAUCACACAUGCAGUGCAUGGCCAUUUCUGUGCUGUGUAUCACUGCGAUAUGUGGGAUGCAGGUAGCUGGAGGAGCAUCCUGGGGCAGGACCCCACUCUGGCAUGAUGACCCCAGUUGUAGGAGGACACAGAGGAGCGGCAGAGAGGUAUGCAGAAGAUAUAUGGAGUCACAUCACCCAAGGGACCUUCUGACCCAUCUUCAAUGGGACAGAUAUGCUGUGGGAUGUACCUCCCUGGCCUCUGUGCCCCAGGGAGCACACCCCAUGCAUCGUCCUCCACCGGGUCUCCUGAGGGCAGAGCUGAAGCCAAAACUCAUGGCAGGGUGAGCAGGGAACACCCACUUUUCCAUGUCGCUGUUUGCUGUGCCAGCCCCUGGGAAUGUUCCUGGCAGCCUCCCCACCACCUUCUCAUGCUUUGUCAUUGGUGCCACCUGGCUUUGCCAGCACAGAUGCUCUGAACCCCCUGACCUGCCUUUCCCAGGGGAAGAUGGUGCUCCCCCACUCCCCAUCACCCUGGGAAAUGAUGCCAGAGAUGAGACUGUGUCCCUGCACAGGGGACAGAGAAGGGACCCGGCAGGGCUGGAUACCCCAGCCGUGCUGGAUCCCAGCCUCCAAGGAGCUGCUGUGUGCAAGCCCCAAAACACACACCUUUCCCUGACACCAGAAUCUUCCAAAGUAGCACAAAAAGGUCUGUACUAAAACAUACAGGAGCUGGUGGUCCCCAGGUGCAGGGUGCCAGUGCUGCCCCUGCCCUGUCCCCCUCUCUGGGAGGUCUCGGGGUGGCUGGGGAGGCCACUGUGGAUGGGCUUGGCUGUUCAGACCCUGCCAGGAGCUGGAAGGAUGCAAUGGCAGUGCAGGGCUGGAGCAAGGCAGAAGAGGAAAGUUUCUGGGGCUUCAUCCCAUUCUCUGCUUCACAGAAAAACUGACGGCAGGGGAGGGGGGCCCGGGGGUGUCUCUGUGUUCCUUGGCACUGGGAGGAGUGUGCCCCUAGCGUGCCCACUGCCCUGGGUACCUUUAACUGGGUCUAGUAAUACCAAGUGUCCCAAGAGCCUGAAACUGAAGUGCAAAUCACUCAAACCCUCAGGUUUGACCUGGCAAGACUGGGCGGCUCCUGGGGUGCCAAAACCAGCACAGAGCAGCAGGGGGAAGGGGAUUGUGAAGCCUCCCCCGAUGCCCCCCUGGAGGAGGGCGGGGGGGGGGGGGGGGGGGGGGAGCAGCCAGGUGAGCAGCCAGCAGCCAGCACCCACCUGCACCCACCUGGCACUGGCGUGGGGAACCCGGGUCAGAAGCAGCCCCAGCCAUCACCUCCGGCUCCGUGGGCGAGCUGGUGGCAUCGGCGUUUUGCUGGGGGACAUCUCACGUCCGCUGGCACGGCACGGCUCCUCACCCUAUCCCUCGGCUUCUCCCCCCCGCGGUCGCCCGGGCCGUGUGGCUGUCGCUGUCGUCCGUGGAGCACGCGUGACACCCAGUGGGCGAGCACCAGACUGCACACGCCGGGCGAGAGGCACAGCCCGGAGCAGGGUCCCUGGGUGCGGUGGCCCUGGACUGGGGGUGUCACCCAUGCGGGGGACAUUGUCCUGCGGGGAAUGGUGUGGCCGUGCCCGAGGGACCUGAAGUUGGGUUUUAACUUGGUUGGGUCGGAUGGGCACAUGGCAAGGGGGCCUGCAUCCCCAAGGCUCUGGGGUCUCUCCAGGCACCCAUGGGUCCCUGCAGCCCUGGGGCUUGGGGUCUCACCAGGGCCCCUUGAGGCUCCCUGCAGCCCCAGGGUGUUUUAUUCAGCCUUGCACCAUUCCUGGGUCAGGCUCUUGCUCUUCCCUGGCUUUGUUGCUUCUCCCUGUGUCCCUCAAAGGAGAGGCAGCCUAGCCAGAGCUAGCGUGACCUGAUGUUUCUCAGGGCUUAAUACCUUCCUGCUCCCAUCCUGGGACAAUCUGCACCUCACAGCCACGAUCUCCUAAUGCCAUGUGGCAGCUGUAAUCCUUCAUAACUGCUCCAGCUGGGUUUUUCCAGGCUGGGAAACUCUCAGCCUAUCUUUAGCUUUUCCUCCUCUCUCUCUUGUUCAUUCCCCAGGAGAUAAACCCUGGUGCAACAAGAAUCUGAAGGGAGCCAGCUCUGUGGCUCACAUAAAGCCAAAGCAGAACUAUUUUCUGUAAGAAAACCAUUUUUCAUUUCAAUUUGUAAAGGCUUUCAAAGCUGAUUCUCACAGGAGCAGGAGUGGUCUCUACAGAGGGGAUUGGAUGCUCUUCUCCAGCUCUGGAGGAGCUGAAAGCUCAUCCUGCUGAGGCAUCCAAGCUCGUUAACAGAGCUGUGAACACUCACAUGCAAAGCCCUGCAACCCCACUCCCAGCAUGUCAAUCUCACAUGCCAGCUCUAGACUCUGUAAAGACACUUGGAGAGUUUAGAAAUUUGCUCUGAAGAAUGAAAGGAAGAGGAAAGGACCAGAAAGUCUUUGUUCAGACACAGCUGGGACAGGGAGCUGAGUCUUCCUCACCAUACCCUAAGCAGGACCCCUGCAUGCCCUGGCCCCACCAGGCUCUGGAGAGGCCCCUGCUCAUGAAGCUGGUGGCUGUGGGGGAUGCAGGGAUCCCAGGGGAUGCUGAUGUGACGGUCCUCUGUGUCAUCCCCCACUGCCCAUGCACAGUGACAAAAUGUGGCCAAGAGCAGGACCCUGCAUGCUCCCAGCAGACGGACCCAUCUCUGCAGCACCCUAGAAGAGCAUCCCAGAGAUGGGACAACCUUGUGAAGGGCAAACCUGUCUCCUGAUGUUGCAUUUCUCACUUAGAAUGGCACCGACAUGGAGCACAGCUAUACUGUCAGCCUAGGGAAUGUAACUCCAUGCCAGCUAUGGGGCCACCACAAGCUGCCAGUGUCCCAUAGCCAAGGAAAGCCAGUAUCCAACUAAACCGGGUGUAAUGAGCCACUGCCAGCUACUGGAUGCUGCAGGGCAGUGGUGUGACACUACUAAACCCAGGGUGCAGGUUCAGCCAGCCCUGACAGUAGGGCCUGGAAGGAACCAUGCAACAGGGAUACGCCCAGAGCCCAGCCAGCUCCCUGCUAACAGAUACUUGUGCAAAAUGAGCCUAUCAAGUCCAUCUUCCUCAGGUUCAGGUCUUGCUAGGGUGGUAGCUCUGAUGCCUCCAGAGAAGCAUCCCUUAUUUCCUCCCUCCCUGCUGACACUUCCUCCAUAGAGGAUGGGAAGAAUGGGGCUGUCAUACCAUGGGGACACACCACAAAAUUGUUCCUGAGACAGCCACUGCCUGGCUGGAAACUCAGGGUGGCUCCAGCCAUAGGACAUUUGAUAGUCAAUGUUCAUAAAGAGAAGUAAAACAAGAUGUGACAGAGACAAGGUCACAUUAAUGUCUGGAUUUAUAUUCGCUACAGUCACCUUCAUCUCUCUACCUUGGGGUGUGCAGAGUCCCAGCGGCAUCACCCAGACCUUAGAGUGGUAAAUGAGUGGGCAGUGGUAAAUGAGGUUGUUAUGAGCCCUGAGCAAGGGCAAGUGGGUCAGAGGAAUGCAUCUCAGCUCAGCUGUGCCUUGCACGGGACAUGUGAUGGUGACCAGCAAGCUCUUGGGUGGCUGCACUGUCAUCUAGCUUCAACACUGGCCCCAAGGGCUGAUGCAGAAGAGAAGAAAGCACUUCCAUUCAAGUUUCCAGCCUGCCCAACCAAUUCUCCCAUUAAUCAGGUACAGCGAGAAACGUGGCCAGGCAGGGCUAGUUCCCGCUUCAGUGAUGCUGGCUAAGCAUUCUGCUCCUUCCCUUGCAGCCAGUUGGAGCUCCUUCAUCCCCAGGACUGCAGUGUCCUCCCUUCUUUAACCCCAUGGACACACUUUGGAGCUGCAAAGCCCCCAGGCUUGGGUCCUACUUUUCCCCAUGCAUCCAUGCAUUGACUUUCCAGGCCGUGUCUGGCUCUUGCAGGGACUGGGGUGAUUGCCAAUGCUUGCGUGUGGACACACAGGGGUGCACAUGCUCACACACACACGGUCCUGUGCACCCCAUGGGACACUACAGCAAUGGCAUUAGACAGCUCUAGACCAUAAAUCUGUCUGGCCUGGCUUGCUCCCUGCUGUGCAGCCCCAAGGUCAUCCCAAGGACUUUCCUCUGCACCGUCCCCAACUUGAGAUCUGCCACUCCCUGCCCACUGCGGCAGCUCUUUAACGAAGCGUGGCGCUUGGCAGCUCUGCCUCAGGGGCAGACAACCACAGCACCCAGAGCAGCCCAAGCUGUGAAACGUGCAGCCCUGUGAUGAGCUGGCAUGCAUGGAGGGCAGCUGCUCAGCCCACCAUGCUACAGCAUGAGCAGCUGCAGGCAGUGGCAGGUAGCAUUCCUUGCCAGGCAAGACUUCGUGAGCAGCUGCAGCUCUCCAUCUUUCUCCCUGCUGUCCCUUCCAUGAGUUUUUGCCCAUCCCUUGAUGCCCAGCUGGCAGCUGGUCUCAAGCAGGGUACCCCAGGGUCAGUACUGGGGCCAUGUUCCCCAUCCUCAUCAGAGGGUCAGUUGAAGAGGCAAGUGUACCGUUGCCUUGCAGGUGAGGCUAAACUAGCGCCAAUGGGUGUGCAGCAAAUAGUGGAGCCUCAGUACAAGUGGACCCCAGGAAACUCACAAUUUGGGUCAACAGAAACCUGUGGACAUCAACAAGAUGGGCCAGAUAACCCCAGAUUUCACCCAGGCUAGGGACCAAAGGACUCAGCAGGGUCCCAGCGAAAAGGACCUGGGACAAGGUCCUGGACAAGAGGCUGAACAAAUGGGGCAAGCUGCAUCCUGGGCGACAUGAGGAGUGUAGUUAGCAGCCUGAGAGAAGGAGUUGUCCCCUCUGCACAACACCAGGGAAUCUCCAGCAGGGUGUUGUGCCCAGAUUGGCCCCCCAGUUCAGGGAGAAGUGGAGGAGCUGGAGAGGGACCAGUAGAUGCUACUGGCAGGGCUGGGACCUGGGACUACAAGAAGGGUGAGUUGGGAUCUACCAGCAUCAUGCAGCUACCUGGAGGACAGAUGCAAAGGUGACAGAGCCAAUCUCUCUUACUAGGGCAUGAGAUAUAACAAAGGACAGCAGACAUUAAUUGCAACUUCAGGUUGGAUGGUAGGGGUUUUUGUUUGUUUUUUUCCUGGGGAGCUAGUGUAGCUGUGCGACGUGCCACCAGGGAGGUGGGGCAAGUCCAUACUUCAAGACACAGCUGGGUAAAGCCAUGGGUGACAUUUGCUGGUGGUCUUUCUGCUCCAAGUGGGAGGAUGGGCUAGAGACCCCCAGGAGUCCCUUCCCACACCAGCAUCACCAGGAUCCUGCAAGUCCAGUGAGGGGCAACCUCCCCACCUGCAAAUUCUUUCCCUUCCCCACACCAGGAGCCCACCCCACAGAUCCAGGACACCUUGACAGCCAAGGUCCUGUGCACUGGACCGUGGCCCCAUCCCUGGCAUGCCAAGAUCUGUGCUGACCCACACCCUGCCGAUGCUGAGCCCAUCGCCUCUGCCGCGCUGCUGGGAGGCCUGGCUGCUGCUCCUGGCAGGUGAUCAGCUGAUCCCGCCAGCGAGCUGGUGCUGCAAAGUCAGGCACAGAGAUUGCCAGCGUGCCAGCGAGGGGGGAGCAGGGCCAGCAGGGCCGGGGGGCUUGGGGAGCCAGGGGCAGCUCUACCCUGAAAGCCAAGCUACCUGCAUGCUGCUACCUGCUGAAUAAUAGAGGAGCUGACAGCCAGGCGGAGAGAAAUGCGAUCCCGGUUAGCCGGCCGGGGAAGACAUCUGAGCCGCCAGCAGCUGCGAUAGUAACUGCAGGGAAGGAGCCUUCCUCCCCGCUGCUCUGUGCCGUGCAGCGUGGCCGGGGUGGCUCAGGUCCCUGCCCAUCCCGGUGUGCCUUGGGCAGCCAGUGCCCACUCGCGGGGCACGGGCUGAGGGCGCGGAGGAUGAUGUGAGCUGCAGCAGGGACCCAGCAAGGCACAGCUCAAGGGCAGAGCCAGGUUUCCCAGGAGGCAAGGCAGGAGCCUGCCUGCAGCCAGUGCCUGUGCCCUGGGUCCAGCAGCUCAGCCCCAUGUCCAGAGGAGGGGACAUGGUUUAUAUCCCAGAUGACUCCGACUUCAGCUCCUUCAGGGAUCAGUGCGAGAGCCUGGAAGGCUGGCACUGUCGGUAUAACAAGGCUGGCGUGACCGUGUGGAGUCAGGGGCAGGAGGAAAGCUGCACCGUGCAGAAAAUCAAGACUCGCAUCUCCUGCAAGGAUGUCCCUGCCGAGACGCUCUACGAUGUGCUGCAUGACACCCACUACCGCAAGAAAUGGGACUCGAACAUGAUCGAGACCUAUGACAUCGGGCGCCUGACUGUUAACGCCGAUGUGGGAUACUACUCCUGGAAAUGCCCAAGCCCCCUGAAGAACCGGGAUUUCGUCACCCUGCGCUCCUGGCUGCCCCUGGGCAAUGACUACAUGAUCAUCAACUACAGCGUCAAGCACCCGAAAUACCCACCCCGGAAGGAUUUUGUGAGGGCCGUGUCCCUGCAGACAGGUUACCUGAUCAAGGCAAAUGGUGCCAGUGCCUGCAUCCUCUAUUAUCUCACCCAGGUGGACCCUCGCGGAUCGCUGCCAAAGUGGGUGGUGAACCGCGUCUCCCAGUUUGUGGCACCAAAGGCGAUGAAGAAGAUCUACAAGGCUGGGCUGAAGUACCCGGAGUGGAAACACAAGCACAACCCAGGAUACAAGCCCUGGGUGUACCCAGAGCAGAACACGCUGCCCAGUGUCAGCCUGGCCGAGCUCUCAGUGCAGCACGCUGACUCGCUGGAGAACAUCGAUGAGACGGGGCUGUCCGAGGACCACCUGAGCACCAGUGACCACGAGGCCUGAGCCCUCACCACAGCCCUCUCACCAGGCUCCCCCUCAUGACCAAGGCUUAGCAGCCAGGGGGCACAGGCAGGAAUUUUGCCCCCUGAGCCCAAAUAGUCAUGUCUGCUCUCCAACUCCUUCACCAUAGACCUCCCUACCCAGGCAGCAGGAUACUGUCCCAUGGGAACCUGCAGCACGGGUGGUGGGAAGAGGGAGGACAGGCACCUUGGUCCCCCCUUGCACCAAUGGUGGCCCAUGGAGAUGUCCCUGUGCAGGAGGUAGAGCUGGCAGUGGGAGCGGGUGCCCCAGGGAGAGGCUGGGCAAGUCAAAAGAGGGGGAACCCUUGAUGUGCUGAGUAGGAGCUUUCCAGGUACCAGGAUAUCCCUUUGCCACUGUAAGACCUUCUAGGGGUGUCCCUCAAAUGGCCAGAAGUGGGGAGUCUGUACGGGUCCUGCCCAUGCUUUGCAGGAGCACAGAACUGACCCUCUCUGGCUUGAGGUCCAGCUCUGCCAGCCCCGCAAUCAGGCUGGACCCACUCCAGCCCACCAAGCCCCCGAACAGGCUUUGUGUGACACCCCCCCACAACUCAGGGAGCCCUCCCAGGUCCUCUCCUGGGCAUCAGGCUCACUUCUGCAGGGUGGCUGUAGCCCAGCUGGCUCUGGGGACCCCUUACCCAGGUGGUGUUUGGGAGGUGGGGUGGGAUUUUCCUCGCAGUGGGGUCUCGGGCAGCCUCUGUUCCCACUCACUCAGUGUUUGCUGCUGCUGUGGUUUCUGGCACAAUAAUAAAGGGAUUGGUGUGUGUGCGAGAGAGCUUCAGCAUGGGAUGGGGAGGACGCUGGCACUGCACCCACCCUGAGGCUGUCCAGGCACUAGGUCCUGGCUUGGACAGGAGGGCCAGUCCAGCCACGCUGUCCCAGCACCUAGGGGUGACCCUCAGCAGGGAGCGAGGUGGCCAGUGGUGGAGCAGGAGAAGCGGAUGCUGGGCUCUACACACCCACGCACAUGUGGGUGAGCGUGCAUGGGACCAGGGCAGCUUCCACCAGACAAUGGGAAGUUAGUCUAGACAGCCACUGCUGGGGGAAUACACUGACAAAUGUUGCAUUUUUCUAUCCACUGCCAGGCUCCAAGACUGCCUGCAGCUGCUGGGCUCCUGCCCCAGAUGGCUUUAAGCCUGAUCUGUGCAAGGCAAAUGCAAACAGGGCCGUCACUGCUGACAGUGCCAUGGUGCUCAGCUCCAGACCUGUCCCAGCAAGGUAAAGACUAGUGGACAUGGCCGGGAUGUGGCAGCUGCCCUCACAGCAGAGCCCUGCCUCGGCAGUGCGGGGGGGGCACAGCCCUCUGGCAGCCGCUCAGGGCUUGCAGCCUGCCCAGAGCCACCCACCACCGUGGCUUUUGGGGACCCUCUGACCCACCCAGCCUCACACCCCCUGGUCACCCCAAACCCCAAACCGAGCUGCAAGUGCUGUUGCACUAUGCUGGCUUCCCCAACAUCUUGUGUUUCUCCCUGGUUUGUCCAGAUGCUGACCCCAGCAUCCCAGGUGCAGAUGCUCACUGUCCCCCUUUAGCUACCCUGUUAGGUCACGUAUGUUCCCUGUGCUGCUCCAUGGAGACAUCAAAUGCACAUGUCUUACUGCAGAGAGUGCUGGGGAGGCAAGAGGAGGUCCUGGCCAUUGGGCAGACAGCUCCCACGGUUUGCAGCUGGGCUGGCUGUACAAGCAGAACAGGGGCAAGAAGCACCUUCACAGGGAAAAUGUGGAAAACCCAAGGGCAGGAGAUGUGCAGCCUCCCCCUCACAGUGCACGGGGCUCACGGCAAGGGGAGCAGUCUCUCCCUGCCCUGCGCCACUCCCACCACCUCAGUAGACUGAGGGCACAGCAGCAGGGAGGAUUUUACCUGUGAAGACACGUCCCAGCCCCAAACUGCCCCAAUAACACUUUGCAAUAAUGGUGAUAGGGCUGAGCAGGGAACUGUGGCCAGAGCAAAGGCGAGAAACACCCCCGGGUGCUGCCCUGAUGAGUACAGAGGUCACUGGCACCCUGAGCCCGCAGGGUGCUGGGGUGAAGACCACCCCACACGGCCCCAGUGCUGCAGAAAGCAGCCCCAUCUCUCCUCAUUCCCUGGAUGUUUCUCUGCAGCAGCCAGGCUGCUGUGGGGCUAUUUUUAGCCAGCCCUAAGUAGGUGUGAGGAGCUGCUGCUGCCUGAGCACCAAGAGCCGGCAGGGAGUCCCCACUCCCCAGCCAGCCCCAGGGAAAACUGUGCCAGGGUUGGUGACAUCUCAGCCCAGGAUGCUGCCCAAAAUGGCCAGGAUGGCAGUGGCAUCAAGUAGAAGA